GCACAUGUGUCACUGUCAUUUGACAACAGUCAACGAAUUAAUAACCUAAACUUUUAUUGCUUUUAGUUUUAAUCAAUUCCAUUUGAAUACAAUUUUAUCAAUUUAUGCAAUAAUUAGAUCUAAGCAUUGUAAAGAGAUGACAUUUUUGUGCUAAAAUAUUUAUAUAAGAAGUAAGUUAAAUUUUGUUGGUUAACCGUUUUUCGAAACCAUGGGUAUUUUGGAAAAGAUUUCCGAAAUCGAAAAGGAAAUAGCGAGAACUCAGAAAAAUAAAGCAACUGAGUAUCAUUUGGGUCUAUUGAAAGCAAAGUUAGCAAAAUACAGGUCUCAGCUCCUUGAACCUUCCAAGAAGGGUGGUGACAAGGGGGAAGGUUUUGAUGUGUUGAAGUCUGGUGAUGCCAGAGUUGCUCUUAUAGGAUUCCCUUCAGUUGGUAAGUCUACCCUCUUGUCUACAUUGACACACACACACUCAGAGGCAGCGAGCUACGAGUUCACAACUCUGACAUGUAUUCCCGGAGUCAUAGAGUACCGAGGUGCCAACAUACAACUGCUCGAUCUUCCUGGAAUUAUUGAGGGUGCCGCACAGGGAAAGGGUAGAGGACGACAGGUGAUAGCAGUAGCGCGCACCGCCGACCUGGUGCUGAUGAUGCUGGAUGCCACCAAGCCCUACGUGCACCGCCAGCUGCUGGAGCGUGAGCUGGAGAGUGUGGGCAUCAGACUGAACAAGAACAAGCCCAAUAUAUACUUCAAGCAAAAGAAAGGCGGCGGAUUAUCUUUCAACUCAACAUGUCAACUGACGAAGGUGGAUGAGAAGAUGGUGCAAAUGAUUUUACAUGAAUACAAAAUAUUCAAUGCUGAGGUGCUGUUCCGCGAGGACUGCACGGCCGACGAGCUGAUCGACGUGAUCCUCGGCAAUCGCGUGUACCUGCCGUGCCUUUACGUGUACAACAAGAUCGACCAGAUCUCCAUACAGGAGGUGGACAGGAUAGCGCGCCAGCCGCACUCCGUUGUUGUCAGUUGUAACAUGAAACUAAACCUGGACUUCCUGCUGGAGACACUGUGGGAGUACCUCGCCCUCAUCAGAGUCUACACCAAGAAGCCCGGACAACCGCCCGACUUUGACGACGGACUUAUUCUGAGAAAGGGUGUCACGAUAGAGCACGUUUGCCACUCCAUCCACCGCACGCUGGCGGGCGCGCUCAAGUACGCGCUGGUGUGGGGCACCAGCACCAAGUACUCGCCGCAGCGCGUCGGCGUCGCCCACUCCGUGCACGACCAGGACGUGGUGCAGCUCAUCAAGAAGUAGUCCCCCCCACCCCAUCCCAUCCACCGCACGCUGGCGGGCGCGCUCAAGUACGUGCUGGUGUGGGGUAUCACCCCAGACCAAUUAUAGAAGGACCUGUAUCGCACUCAUAGUCGCAAACAAAAUUGUCUGUCAUUUUCUGAGGAAAACGAGCUUAUAUUUGGUAUAUAUCUUAUACUAAACUAGAAGUUUUUGUCCGUUUUUUACAUCAUUCAACUACAUAAAAAGGUAUUUUUACGGAGCUCUUUAACAGACGAACACGAUUACAACUAUUUAACAUCGAUACUAUAGAGACAGCUUUUAUUAUCGUAUUAGAUCAUUGAGUUUACUUUGACAGAAAAGUAACACCUAGCGAGGCAGAUCCUAUACAAUAGUUGGUCUGAGGGUAUCACACCCCAUCCUAUCCUAUCCCAUUCACCAUAGAAAUAUUCAUAACAAAACAAUAAAAAUGAGGUGUACAUGGAGAUUUGUCUGUGUACAUGUGAUGUGACAACACUUGAACUGUAUCUUUUUGCAGGAGCCUACACAAAAGGGGGGUUCUGCGUACUUUAAUGUUUGUAAGUUAUUAGCAACGCGCAGCAUAAAGUGCGGUAUGACCGUCAGCUGUCAGCGCUAUGAUAAAGUCUAUGUUACACUAAACGCAGAACUCAGAACGUCUGAACUGCCUGCGUGGGCACACAUCCCUCUAAAAUUAAAAAAAAAACUUGAUCCCUGACUGUUUUCUCGAGACAAGAGAAAGACAUUGUCGACCAAUAUCAUCGAAAACGUAACUCUUUCGUUGUGUUAAAAUUCAAGAUAUUUUAGAUUCUGUUGCUAUUGGUCGACAAUGUCCUUUUUUGUUACAUACCUUGCAGCGCGCAACCUAGGCCUACUUACAUGUUACAUGCAGCCUACGGUGGGACGAUUUUGGAUAGGCCUAUCAUGCGACAUAAAUCAAAGAAAUUGUAAUAAUUUUAACUAUUGUAAAUUAUAAUGUGAUUUUAAAAAAAGCAGAUUUCUUUAUUGGAUCUUCUAUACAGAACCUGCCUUCAAAACCAAAAAAGGUCAUCUGAUAAUUUUUACGAACAGUCAAAUAACAAAGAACCUACUUGAUUUAAAUUAAUUUUGAUUUUGUUUGAUGACCCACGACAUAAUAUCUCAUGGAGACAAAAUGACAUUGUCGACCAAGAACGCCGAAUCGGGAAUAUCGCUCUAUCGUUGCGGUAGGACAAAAAAACGAUAUUUCCGGCUCGGCUGCUUCUCGUCUACUGUACAGUUGCAUGUUGGGCCUAUUAGAAGAUGCCUAUUUUUUCCUAAUUUAAAGAUUAUUGACAUUACAUGUAGUAGGGGAAACAACUUGAUAGGUAUUCCAUCAUUUUAUACCACCCAACAACUGUUAUAUCAGGCAAUAUUUUUUUUAUACCUAGUUUGUCAAGUUAGCUUUUUCUUUUGUCUACAUCGACCUCUUAUAAUAAAAGGACGCACAAUCAUGUAGAAAACAUCACUUAAGAACUGGCCAAUUUUGCUUUGACAGUUUUAGAAUUAUUGGUAAAGAAAAUUAUACCUAAAAAAUAAUAUAUAGUCCAAUAUUCAAUAAAAUCCCAAAUUCAACCUUAAAGAUUGAGUUUAAGGUUGAAUUUGCAAAUGCGACUACUUAAAUUGAGUGCCAAGAAGUUGUGUUUGGCACUCAUUGAGUGGUGACGCUUUUUGGUCGCUGAUUGUGCAUCCACUUUUUAAUAGGAGAUUGAUGUUUGUCUAUCUAAUUUUUCAGUUGAAAAUGUAUAAAAUAUGCAUUAUGUUAUUUUGUUUAUACAUAUGUAAAGCUUUGCUUUUACAUAACACUGUAUAUUAUAAUUAUCUAUUGGAAUUGAUAA